AAAAUGUGUGACACAUGAGACGAUGCAUCCUCAUCUGUUCAGGGAAAGAGGUGCAAAUCCACAUCCACACAGAACUGCUGGAGAAAAAAUAUACAUCCAUGUCUCUGAAAAGCAACUUAUUCUCUGGAGACUGAAGGAGUCAUCUACACAGCACAAUUCUGGGGACAUCAAAGGCAUGAAGCAUUUCAGAUGUGCUUUUAGGCAGAGGCGGACCUUCUGUUUGGACCCGGCCAACCAUCCAUGGGUUGUUACAAUUAAUCCUGCCGAGUGUUAG